CGUUUAUUCGCCUUCCAUCACUCUUCCACGACCUUCCCUUCCUCUUCUCUUGCCCUCUAACUGAAGCUAGAAGGGUAGAAACAGGGCAAGGUUUGAAGUGCCACGCCAGGUUCUCUUCUUAAGAUAGCUUGAUUGAUCCUUCAACCCCUAGCUAGUAUCCAAACAACACUCUGCCUGCAAACACUUCCAAAAUUAGCUCCUUUUGUUCUUGAACACCAUUACUCGGCUUCUUUUCUUGCUUUAUCUUUACUUGUUCCAUUUGUUUCAUGUAAAUUUAGCUUUUUUUUUUAAAAAAAAAAAAGUUUCGGAACCACUCCUUUUAGUGAAUUGUUCAACUGUCUUCUAUUCACUUCCCAAUUCAGCUGGCUCCUAUACUACCUCUUCUCUUCUUCAGUAGUAAUUUUAUAUUGUUUCCGAUACCACUACCAUGCUUCACUAAUAUUCAUUUAAGACUAACUACAAGAGAGAGGCAAUACUUCGUGGCUAUUAUUUUUAGUAUAAUUCAUUCUACAAGCUCUCCAAUUCCAUUAUCCCACCCAUUUGCUCUGCUUCCUUUGCCUGAUAGCUUUUUGUAUUCCCCAAGGCCAUAAUGGAGCAUAGAGCAGGGGGCGGCGGAAGCCUGCUAGUUUCUGAGCUAAUUCAAGUUCAGGAGCUAGUGAGGCAACUGGAAGCGCAUCUCGAUCAGCCUUCCCCGAUCGAAUUCUGCAAAUCUUUAGCACGACAGAUACUGCCUUCUAUUGAGAGGUCCAUUUCCAUAGCCAAAAUGAGUGAUUCAGAGGGCCAGCAGCGGCUUGCUGGCACUGAAUCCCCACGCUCUGCCACCGAGAGCCCGUGCAGCGAGAACUCCAAUCAAGCCUUCAAGGAUUGUGACCGCAAAGAGAUGUCCAAGAAGAGGAAGACACUGCCAAGGCGGACUAGCCAGGUAACGGUGUGCCCAGGGGCAGGAGUCGAAGGGCCUUUAGAUGAUGGCUAUAGUUGGAGGAAAUAUGGGCAGAAAGAUAUACUUGGAGCCAAAUAUCCAAGAGGCUACUAUCGGUGCACGCACCGCAACACUCAGGGCUGCCUGGCAACAAAACAAGUGCAGCGAUCUGAUGAGAACCCCUUGGUCUUUGAUGUCACCUACCAUGGGACUCACACAUGCCUCCAGAGGUCCCCAUCCGUCCCAAAAGCAGUAGUGUCCCCGUAUCAAGAGCCGAAACAAAACAACCCUUAUUUCCAGGAGCAUGCUCUGCAGCAGCAGCAGCAGGGCGACAACAACCUGCUUCAAACAUUCCAAAGAGGCCUCAAAGUUGAAACACAAGGCUUGGACUCGGAUACUCGGGACCUGAGUUCUUUAUCCUUCUCCUUCCCCCCUACACCGGUCGGCGGCAUAAAGGCCGAGAACCAUAUCUUUUCCUCGCCUUCGAAACUGGAUAAUGGUUUCAUGGGCAGCUUCUCUCCUUCAUUCGUCUCGCCGGCAACAUCAGAGUCCAACUACUUCUCCAUGUCCCCUUGCUGCAUGGGUAACUAUGGAGGGGGGUUCAAUCUUCCAACAGCCGAGUCCGAGCUCACAGAAAUAAUAUCAGCUGCCACCUCGGCUACCGAUUCUCCUUUGAUGGGCAUGGAUUUCUUGCUUGAACCAAUGGAGUUCGACCCAAAAUUUCAAUUUGAUGCUUCCAGCUUCUACUCAUAAAGCUCAGAGUCAGAAUCCAAUUGACUGUAAGAUGGGUGCUUGGCCUAAAAUCCUGGCCAGCAAAGGAGCAAGUGGCAGAAGUAGUUCUGAUUCUAUUAAGGCCGCCUUCAUCAUAGGCUGAGUGAUUUUGUUUGAUAGCUAAUGUAGGUAGAAAUAGAAGGGGCCAAUUCUGUUCUGUUUCCGUUUUUGGAUUGUCUAGUUUGUAACUGUUAUUGUUUUCAUCAAGAAAAGACUAAUUUGUCUCAUUGUAUCAUCAGUUAGCAUGAACUGUUCUCAAACUGCUAA